CGUAUGCAAGUUUCAUCGCAAGAUGUGGACCAAUGUUUAUAGCAAACGAUUAUUUAGAAAAAAGAUGUAAAUAAAUGUGGAUUUAGAAAACACAAUGGGCUUUGUUGGAAAAAUUAUAUUGAAGAUAGUGACGAUAGUUCUAAUUAUACUGGAUAUAGCCGUUGGUUGGUUCAAAUUCUACCAAACAUUUUAUGAAAUCACAACGAAAGAUGUUUUCUGUGAACGUUCGGACCUUUACUGGCAGUUGUUCGCAGUCUUUGAAGGCAGCGGAACAAUUUUAGCAGUGGCGGAAAUCUACUACAUCGUUCGAGAGAUCAAGAAGGACCGAUGCUGUCACGACGAAUGUUUCGGACGGACGUUUAUUCUCAUAGUCCUCAUUUACCUCUUGUCGGUUAUUCCGGGGUCGAUUUUGGAGAUCAUCUUCCGGGAGCUGUGCGUCUGCUCAGGGUCAUUUAGCGUGGAAGGAUGGCGGCGAAACACGCGCGAUGUGGCGAAAGGCUUCCUCAGCGGCAUUAGCGUUAUCCUUAUGCAGGUUAUCCUCCACCUGACGGAGAUCUACUACCGCGGACGGCGUCUGUGGACACUUUGUACAACUAUGGCGAUGUGCUGCAGAUUUGCGCCAAAGGACAACGAUGGUGAGGGCGGUAAAAACACAAAUGUAAAAAAUGCCAGCGAGUGUAGUUGUGAUGAUAGCACCAGCGCUGACGACGACGACGAUGAUGAUGACGGUUGUUGUAAAGGGGUCAUGAUGUGCUUUGUGAUCAGCCUGAUUCUCGUUUUUGUGUUUAUAGCUUUAUACGUGGUGGAAAUAUUGUACAUCUUUUGUGAGCCAGUCUCUGGAUAGCUCAGAGAAAGUCAAAAAAAGAAAAAUGCUUUUUGAAUUGCAAAUUGAAACCGCUUACAUAUAAAUUGAUAAAUAUAAAUGUUAAAUAAAUUAUAACGUGUGCUUGAAAGAAUUCAUAGUUCUGCUAGUUGGAACGAACUGUUUUAUCGAGCGUUCUAGUUACAGAGAGCUCUAGUUAACUAGAUGGUACGUACUGUGUUACAGAGCGCUCUAGUUAACUAGAUGGUACGUACUGUGUUACAGAGCGCUCUAAUUAUCUAGAUAAAACGUACUGCUAUCUCAUAGAGCGCUCUAGUUAACUAGAUGGUACGUUUUGUUUCAAUAGAGCGCUCUAGUUAACCAGAUGGUAUGUACUAUAUUAUAGAGCGCUCUAGUUAACUAGAUUGUAUGUACUAUAUUAUAGAGCGUUAUAGUUAACUUGAUGGAACGAACUAUAUUAUAGGGCGCUCUAGUUAACUAGAUGGUACGUACUGUUUUAUAGAGCGCUCUAGUUAACUUAGUCUAGAUGAAACGUACUACUGUGUUUACAGAGCGCUCUAGUUAACUAGAUGGAACGUACUACUAUUUUAUAGAGCGCUCAUGUUUGAACGUUCUGUUUUAUAGAGUGCUCUAGUUAACUAGAUAAAACGUACUACUAUUUUAUAGAGCGUUCUUGUUAACUUUAUGGUACGUACUGUUUUAAAGAGCGCCCCAGUUCACUAUAAGGUAAGUAUUGUUUUGUAGAUCGCUCUAGUCCACUAGUUGUAUUGUACUGUUUUAUAGAGUGCUCUAGUUUACUAGAUGGGCCAUACAUUGUUUUAUAUAGCGCUCUAGUGCACUAGUUGGAAUGUACUGUUUUAUAGAGUGCUCUAGUUAACUAGAUGGACCAUACACUGUUUUAUAUAGCGCUCUAGUUACUAGAUGGUAUGUACUGUUUUAUAGAGCGCUCUAGAUAACUAGAUGGACCAUACACUGUUUUAUAUAGCGCUCUAGUUACUAGAUGGUAUGUACUGUUUUAUAGAGCGCUCUAGAUAACUAGAUGGACCAUACACUGUUUUAUAUAGCGCUCUAGUUACUAGAUGGUAUGUUUUAAUUUAUAGAGCGCUCUAGAUAACUAGAUGGACCAUACACUGUUUUAUAUAGCGUUCUUGUUACUAGAUGGUAUGUACAGUUUUAUAGAGCGCUCUAGAUAAUUAGAUGGCGACGGUUUCAAGUGUGGUAAUAAACUUAGAAGCAUUUCACCUUCAAAAUACCGACUUACCGACCUAUUUUAUUUGAUAGAAAAGAAAAAAAAAACCAAUUAAUUCGUUUUGGUCUAUCUAGAAGUAUCCAAUGGGGCAGUCCGAAAACUACAGAAGUCUGUCACUAUGCUUGUAGACAAACUCGAUCAAUCGAAGAAAUUGUGUCCGUAUAAAAGCGUCCGCAGUUGUGCCACUCUAAGAACACCACCUCUAACUCCAUCCCCUGGCCGCCCCUGACAUUAGUGAAAUAUCACAGGUAGCCGAAAAUGAUGUAAUUCAGAAGUCAAUAUGUGCUUAUAAAAUAAAUAUUCCGCUCUU